UAACACGUGUUUUUGUUCUUGUUGCAGGAUGGAGUGUGGUGGAGAGGCAGAGGUGGAGUGUCCCGCACCACUAGGAGAGAGAAGGCGUCCAGCUCUCCAGUCUUCAGAAGGGCCUCCCUCAGUCAUUCAGAGUGGGAUAUCAGGAGACCGUGGUCACAUAUGUAUAGCGAGCGAGAGGCCGCCAAGCUCAGCCAAUCAGUAUGCAGAUUGGCGAUGACGUCAGGAGAGGAUGGCGGGAUGGCGGUGGAGGUGGUGCAGGAGGGGGAGGAGGGCCCCAGGUCUCUCCCCUAUAUGCCGUCCACCAUGCAGGCCUCUUCAGAAGGCAUGUUCCAAAAAUUCAAGAAAUCUCUCUCGCUGCGUCUGGCCAAAAAGGGCAGCAGGAGUGAGUCACCGGUGGCGGGCUCUCAGUCGGCGCCCGUGGGUCACUCCUCAAUAGAGUCCAGCCAAAUAGAGUCAUCACAAACUCUACCAAGAAGGCGAGGCUCUAUAAGUCGAGACGAUGAUAACAAAUCCAGCUUCUUGUUCGGUCACCCGCUGUUCAGGUCGAGUAAGGAGAGGCGGAGAGCGAGGCUGAAGGACGCCAGGUCCUCCAAGUGUAACUCCGGGGACUCCGGCGACUCCGGCAUCGAGCUGGUGGUGGGAUGUGGCCAAAUGACGGCGCUAGACAUGACGGGCCACACCCCUCCUGACCUCCACACCAGCAACAACUACAUCCAUCACUGCCUUCGUGGUGGUAACCCCCCCAUACCAGCAAAAACAAGAAAUGGCAUCAGACGGUCCGGAAUAUUUUGA